UUUUUUUUUUUGGAAUUAAUUCGCUUCUAUACAGAAUUACUACACAAAAGCACUGUUGCGUUUAGAUCUGAAAUUCUUUUUAAAAUUCCAUGCGGUGAAGAAACCCAGCAAUGGCAACUAAGGACCGGCCCGGCUGCUGCAACCCGGUGAAGAAGCCCGGACCGGUCUCAAUGGACCACGUUUUAUCAGCACUAAGGGAGACUAAUGAGGAAAGGGACAUUAGAAUCAGAAGCCUAUUCGGCUUUUUCGAUUCGGACAAUGCCGGUUACUUGGAUUACACGAAAAUCGAUAAAGGAUUAUUUGCUAUGCAAAUUCCAGCUGAUUAUAAGUUUGCUAAAGAAUUGCUAAGGGUGUGUGAUAAAGAUAAGGAUGGGAGGGUGGGUUAUCAGGAGUUCAGAAAGUACAUGGAUGAUAAGGAGCUGGAGCUGUAUAGGAUUUUUCAGGCUAUUGAUGUGGAGCAUAGUGGCUGCAUCUUGCCGGAGGAGCUUUGGGAUGCCCUUGUUAAAGCUGGGAUAGAAAUAGAUGAUGAUGAACUUGCACGUUUUGUGGAACAUGUCGAUAAGGAUAAUAAUGGGAUUAUCACUUUUGAAGAAUGGAGAAAUUUUCUUCUACUUUAUCCACAUGAGGUCACGAUGGAGAAUAUUUACCGAUACUGGGAGAGGGUAUGUCUUGUAGAUAUUGGUGAACAGGCUGUUAUUCCAGAAGGCAUCAGUAAGCAUGUUCAUGCAGCUAAGUAUUUGAUUGCUGGGGGAGUUGCAGGAGCUGCUUCUCGUACCGCUACAGCUCCCCUUGAUCGGCUUAAGGUGGUUUUACAAGUUCAGACUACUCGUGCUUCUAUUGGUCCUGCUGUCAAAAACAUAUGGAAGGAAGGUGGUUUAUUGAGUUUUUUUAGGGGCAAUGGAUUAAAUGUGAUGAAGGUUGCACCUGAAAGUGCAAUCAAGUUUUACACUUACGAAAUGUUGAAAAAUGUCAUUGCUAGUACCAAGGGUGAGGAACAGGGUGACAUUGGAGCUUCUGGGCGUCUUGUGGCGGGAGGCUUGGCUGGUGCAGUAGCACAGACUGCUAUCUAUCCCAUGGAUCUUGUUAAGACUCGGUUACAAACUCAUGCAUGUGAAGGUGGAAAGGUUCCCAACCUGGGAAAACUAUCAAAAGAUAUAUGGGUUAAGGAGGGGUCUCGGGCCUUUUAUAGAGGGCUGAUACCAUCUCUUCUUGGAAUUAUACCUUAUGCAGGCAUUGAUUUGGCAGCCUAUGAGACAUUGAAGGAUUUGUCCAAGAUAUAUAUUCUUCAUGAUAGCGAACCUGGCCCUCUUGUGCAACUGGGUUGUGGGACAAUAUCCGGAGCGCUUGGAGCAACGUGUGUUUAUCCUUUACAGGUCGUUCGCACGAGAAUGCAAGCUCAACCUACAAAUGCUGAUGCUGCUUACAAAGGAAUGUCUGAUGUGUUCCGAAGAACACUUCAGCAUGAAGGUUUCAGAGGCUUUUACAAAGGACUUUUUCCAAAUCUUCUAAAAGUAGUUCCAGCAGCAAGCAUUACUUAUCUCGUUUAUGAAUCCAUGAAAAAGAGUCUAGAACUCGAUUAGGUGAUAUAUUCUUGAUUGACUGCUCCACAUUUGGAGUUAAAUACAGCUGAUGCUGAGGACGACGAUGAUGAAAAUGAAUUAAGAUUUUUUGGCUCAUAGGUGCUUUGAUUGUCAAAAUCACGCACUUCAUUUUACCUAACAAAAAAAACAAAACAUACACAUGGUUGAUGCGACAUUGGAUGUUGAAGAAACUUUAACGAGAGUUUUAUUCUUAGCCUGACAGAAUAACUAUGUUCGUGAUUGAGAAUGGUCUUCAUUUGGUGAUUUCUGUCCGAGUUUUGUAGGCAUGCCCACUGUAAACUAAUGCUAAUUUACAUACACAAUGUAAUACUGUAAGGUGUAAACCUUACCAUUUUUUCUAUAUGGAUAAUUUGCGUGGAUGAUCGAACUCA